ACGUCAGUCCUUUUGCAGUCUGCUGUAAGACAGCAUCUUUUUUCCUGAGAUUUGUAGCCGUUCAGUUUGUUAUCUGAUCCAAACAGAACAAAAAAAGGCAGAAAGAUGAUACAGGGACUGGACAUCAAGUCCAUCAAAAAACAUCCAUCGCUGAUUCCUCUGUUCGUCGUCCUUGCUGCGGGAUGCACGGCUGCAGUUGCGUACACAGCCAGGUUGGCUCUUAAAAAUCCUGAUGUUUCGUGGACUCCGAAAACAAAGCCCGAACCUUGGAAUGACUACAAGGACAAGAGAUACCAGCUCCUCGACCCAGCUAAAGGAAGGAACAAGGCUCAUAUGGAGCGACCUACAUCAAUCUGGAGUUAAAAGGCGUACAAAAUAGACACAUACAAACUUAGUAAAUGAAACGAGAAUAAAUACGUUUUUCAAUUUUAAAAUACCGUUCCGGUACUCAUUUUGAUUACACCUGGUAUACCUGAAUUGCUGGUGAAUCAUGAGGUUAUUCAAAGGUCCGAAGUUUAAAAUAUCCUAAUACUUUGCAUUACUGUAAAUAUCUGGAAAUAAAGUCUAGAGAAUCAAAUAUCAA